UUAGAACAUCCAUCCAAUGUUUUUGUUGACUACCAAAGAGUCUCAAAGACGCUUUUCUUAGUUAUUUAAAAAAUACUUCAAGAACGAAAUGAAUCCGUUACUUUUACUUACCUGUGUUACAUGGGCUAAUGCUCAAAAUACGCUGCAAGCUUUCCUUUCUAAAUCAGUUGUCAUGGAAGGUGAUCCCGUCACUAUUAUCUGUGGUACAAGGCACUUUGAAUCUCCUUCGACAACACUUAUAUGUACAUUAGAGAUUGCACUUUUCAAACUGAAUGCAACGUCAGGGAAAUUUGUUGAGCUGUUUUUCUAUAAUAGCAUAGGACCCUCAGAGAGUCAAAAAAAUAUUCUGGUUAAUAAUAAUCACUGGGAAAUUCAAAUGAAAGGGUUUCCUGAGUACUAUGAAAUAGACCUUGAUGAGUGUAUCAAUAGAGGUCUCAUAGAUGGCAAUAUAACAAUCAAGAUAGAAAAAGUAAAGCUUCAGGAUGCCGGAAUGUAUCAAUGCGCCUUGCAUGAACAAAAUGACCCCAAAGAGAGACGUUACAGCCAGAAAUCUACUGCAAACCUUACCGUGAAAUCGCCUGGUCCAGAGUAAAAUACGACUGGACAAUGGCAAGACAGGAAUUCCUCAAGAAAUUCAAGAACAAGAAAAGUACAUGUAUUGAUCAACACUCUCUGUGUAUUUAUUUCUGUCCUAAUUAUUUGCUUUAUCUCUGUAGAACAUUUCCAAUUCAUGAUGUUCAAUUAGUUUAUUAUAUAAUCCUUUCUGUAGAAAGCGAUGAAUCUUAAGCAUUUAACUAGUUUUGAAAAACAAUUACGACAAUUGUCGGGGACCUUUUGGGAUAAAGACUUGCUAUGGGUUUAAUUAAACGAUGAUAUCAAGAGACUUCAUUAUGAACAGAACAAUAAUUUAGAAUAACUUUAUUGUUACUUUUUGGGUGACUAUGACAAGCCGCCCAGUAACUGAUGGGGUAGUUGUUGUUAUGAUUUGAAAUGUCCUUUUUUAUCAAGACAAUAUUGAUUCUAAUCCAGUCUUACAAAUUAACGCUACGAAUAGCAAUAAUUGUGCCACUGAAGGAGAAAUAAAGUAAUUGGGAAUCUCUUAAAAGAAAUGUUUUUACGCUUCAACAAGUUUUUGCGUAUCGGGUGUUCUUAUCAACGAAGGCAAAUCUAUAAAUAAGGUAAAACAUAAUUAUUAUAUAUUUUUUUUAAAUGUUCAAAGAUGUUUUUCCUCUGUUUAAUACCGUAGCAUCAAAUGUCUAUCUAAUUACGUUUGAACACAUCGCAAGUUCUAUAUAUUUGAAGUAAUGUUUUUGGCCUGAUAAGCAGGAAUUUCAUUAUCUAGAUUUUGUGUAUAUUCUACAUUUCAUGUUUUCACUAUCUCAACUUGUUAAUACAUAACAAAGAUAGCCAGUCCCGAUACUUUUUUCUGUGAAAAAUUUCCAUUUCUUCGUUGUGCUAGUCUGGGAUUGUGUAGCUGCAUAUAUUGGAUAUAUUAACAAUAGUAGAACGAGCGGUAUCUUUGUCAUUAAACAAACCCAAUGGUUGUAUCAUAAAUAAAACACAAAAUAGCAAGCACUUGUUGAACGUAGAAUGAAUGUAAAUAAUUUUAAUUAUCUAGACUUACAAUAACAAAAAAUUGAUUGGAAAAGUUAAUUAAUUGUUUUUUAUUGAGCAUAUCUUUCAUGCUUCUUAUAGUAUCUUCACAGUGAUAAGGUCCAUUCACUUUUGUUGAUCGUUUUGGAGGAAGGGACUAUCUGAGAAGUUUCCAAUCAUUUGAAUUUACGUUUUAGGUAUUGACAUGCUAACCACUAACUACUCAUGUAAUUAUUAAGGUUUUAUAAACUAGUGUUACUUUAAAUUUUUGUGUGAACGAUAUAUUUAUCUACACAUUACAUUUCUCUAAAUAUAAAAAUAAUAAACUACUUCUAAGUGA